AUGAAAUUUAAGGUUGAAGUCAGGACAAUUAUUCUUGAAAAUUACGACACAGGAAUACUUCCACACAUGUUGGUAUCCAUAGGAUGCCUGCUGUUUGUUUUCCACAUAAUUGGAGCGAAGAUAUCUAAUGAUUGUGGUCAUGCUGAAAGUAGAAGAACGUUCCAUAAUAUGAUGAUGUGUUUUAUUGUUUUGUUGGCAGCCAUGAGCAUAGUGUUGAUUGCCGGUGGAUCCAUGUGUUUUGCUCACCGAAACUUUUUAGGAGAUGCUUUUAAAAAAGGGUUGUUAUCCUCUAUGAAGUUAUAUAAAGAAAACGAAACUGUCAAAGAAAUGAUUGAUCGCACACAACUGGAAUUUCGAUGCUGCGGUAGUACUAGUUAUAAGGAUUGGUUUGAAGUUAGCUGGAUAAAUGGAGAGGAUAUAAACAUGGAACAUCCAGAUGUUCAAAGCAAUUUAAAACAUGGUAAUUAUUAUGGUGAUGAUGUUCCAUUCAGCUGCUGUAGAAUUAAUUCAUCAAGACCGUGUAUAUUUCAUAAAUGGUUAAUAAUUAUACUUCUACGACACUUACAAACAUCCAUCAAUGAAGCUAUAGAGGAAGGUGAUCCGGAAGGUGGUGGAGAUGCUUAUUGUUUCUCUCAAGCUCCAUGCUAUACAAUACUCUGA